GUUUUGUUUUUGAUACGUUUAGUUUUUAAUUCAAUUCAGCUUUAAGAGAGUCCGUUUUCUUACGGUUCUUCAUUGCAGUUUUCGAGUCUUCAUUUAAAAAUCAUGUUCAACAAGAUCUCAUCCUACUCACUCUUUUUAUGUUUAUUAUCAUCUUAUUCUAUGCAACAAACAAACAAGCCUCGUCAAUGUAUGAUUAUUCAGGACAAACAAACGCUCAUACUGCCCCGCGAGAAACCUGAUUUUUUGGACAAUAGAAACAAGGAAAUAUGCCAAAUAAAGGAUUCAAAUAGCAAAGCUUUACGUUGUGGCAACACAAGUGUUUCCAUUAAACCAGAGUGUGUGUGCUCCUUUUAUAAUGUUUACGAAGGAAAAUAUCAUACACAUUCCUCUUGUCCUGGUAUUGUUAAGUCAGACGAUGUAAGAUUGUUGAGAUGUGUCGAUUGUAUGAAAUAUAGCGUGCCAAAUAAAGGUCCGUGUAUCAAUGGUGGGAAUCUUACUUGUGAUGAGACUGGUCCUGAUGUGCUGGCACCAGAUAUCAAAUGUGACUGUCCACCUGGAUUCAAAGGGAUGUUCUGUGAAAAUAAAAUGGAAAAGGUUACAAGAAUUUGUGAUAGAAUUGAAAAUUCUUCAUUUCUUAACCUGAAGAACUGUGAUGUUACAAAAAAGGACUGCAUUACUUACAGUGAAAAUAAGCGAUAUUCUUUCAAGUGUACUGAAACAUCUGCGACAACCCAACAAGGACAAGUUGAAUUACCACUCUGUAGAGAAACGGAAAUGUCUACCACCCAGGUGAAUUCGGUAGUGAAUACAGUGAUAAUACCAAAAGCUGGCAUCAAUAACAAGAGUAAACUGUCCAAUCAGCAUGCCAUAUCAGGUGUCAGGGCAAUGACGUCUUCUCUUUCAAUCAUUUUACUUAACCUUUACACCCUGCUGCAAAUUUGAUGAGUUUACAGCUGAAUCAAUGAUCCCAAGAUUUUUUCAAUCAUACAUUGGUCGCAUGUCGCACAAUCAGUAAGAUUCUUAGACAAUUAAGAUGUACGUUUUUAAAACUUUAUUUCUUUAUUCAUUCACCAUAUCAACAGAGAGAGAGAGAGAGAGAGAGAGGGGGGGGGGGGGGGAGAGUAUUACAUAAUAUCAUUUAGAAGAGCGAAGUAGUGACUGAUACUAACAACUUUGUGUUUUAUUCAUUGUUCGAAAUCGGUUGAUAAGUGUCUUUUAGAAAAUAAGAAACCAUCUUUUAACCCUGUGUGAUGCCUCAAAAUUUAUCUUUUAUUAUUCCGAGAUUUUAGUAAUCUUUUCUGGUUGCUAUUUGUCCCUCGUGCGUCUGUCAAGUUUAUUAUCCCUGUCUUGUGAUUUUACCGGUAUUUUGGGAUGUAGGGAAUUUAUAUUUGAUCACGAGAAGGAUUUAAGAGACAUUAUACCUGUAUCUUUAUUAUUUCUAAGGAAAUGUUCAAAACGUACGUUUACAAACAACAACAGUAAUUUACUUGCACAUAACUAUUUUGUUAGGAAGAAAAAUGUGACCCAGUUCAACACAGGAGACCAGCAUUUUGAUCUAUUUCAUUUUUUACACAUUCUGUCCAUUUUACUUUUCUGGUUAUUUUAAUAGCCUUUUUGUGUUUAUGCACGUCCAACUUGUCUUGGUCAACUGUGGAAAUGUAUUCAUACAUUUCAAAGUACUAAACCAGCAUCCAGAAUUUACUUAUAUGGUUUCUGUGAUAAAUAACCAUGCACCUUUUAGACUCUUAUGAUAAUAUCUUACUGUAAAGUAGUGUAGUUUUUUGUUCUUUAAUUUUUUUUUUAAAUUAUAUUAGCUGACUGCUUGUUUUUUUAAAAAAUAUGUUGGUGCCAAAUUCUAAGAAGAAAAGAAAUUUGCUCAAAUUAAAAAAAAAAUCUUUAAUGUGUGUUGCAUUAGCUGUAAAUUGCUUAUACCUGUACCAAAAUUACCGGUAGUUUAGGAAUUAAAUUAAGCCAAAAUCUUAUAUCUAAAUUUUUGAAGAGUUUAAAUGUAUUAUUGAGUUCUUUCAAGAAUAAUGCAAUCAUGAAAAUAAAAUUAAACUACAAAUUCUUCUUGGAUACAAAAUGUGCCAAAUAAUACAAUGCACAAAUGAAAUGCAAUAAUAUUUUUAGUAACUCGUGAUACGGUUUCCAUCCCGAAUUACAAAGACUACGAAGUUCCUAUUUUAAAAAUAUUUUUCAUGAAUAUUUUGAAAUAUUUAAUUUCCUUUUGAAAAAAAGGUCGUAUUUAGAUAUUACAAUGCAAUUUCAGAAAACUAUAAUGGCAGAGGUCAUCCUUGUUUGAUUUUAGUUGUUAUUUUAUUGUUAUAAAUCAUAAUUUAUAUGAUUCAUACCUUUUAUGAAUUUUGUAUCUAUAAUGGCAGGAGACACUCUAGUUUUUAUGCGCCCGAAUCGAUAGAUCCGAGGCGUAUAUUGUUUUUAUCCUGUACGUCUUUUUAUCUGUUAAUCUGUUUGUCUGUUUAUCUGUUUGUCUGUUUGUCUGUCUGUCUGUUGUCAACUUUAGCCUUCGCCAUAACUCUUGAACCUGAGAGAUAGACCCUUCAUAUUUGGUAUGCAUACUCAACCAAUGAAGUUCUUUCAAAUGACAUCAAGGUCAAUGACCUUGUGUCCUUGACUGUGACCUAUAUGCUAAAAAUAGCUUUUUCGAUCUUUCGCAAUAACUUUUGAACGAUGAGAGAUAGAGACUUCAUACUUGGUAUGCUUACUUCACUAAGUUCUUUUAAAUGACACCAAGGUCAAUGACCUUGUGACCUUGACUGUGACUUAUCUGCUAAAAAUAGUUUAUUGAACUUUGUUGCCGCCGGGCGCAUAGUGUUUCACAAACACAUCUUGUUUAAGAAGUGUUUUAUUGUUAACUGUUUCUUGUGUAUGAAUCGUACAUUUUAUGAAUCAUGUAUCUAAUAUGUAUGCCUUUGUUAUAUAUUUUUAUUGUCCAACUUUUUCAUAUUUUAUCCCUCGAAACUUUUUUUCUCGCAUAUUCAGUGCCUUUCUUUGUCAUAAUGGGGGAGUAUAUACAUUUUGAUGGGCAGUAGGCACACUGUCUAUAAAAGCUCUCGAUGUAUAUUCUUUAUACUGUAUGUAAAUCUAAUUCAUUUUUUAUCACUUUACAUUUUCAUGUAUCGCAUGUUUUCAUUAAAAAAAAAGGAAUAAAAUCUUGACGAAGUGGAGAGGUCAAGUAUUUCCAAAAAUCUCAAGAGAACUCUUUUCCAUUUGCAAUUUUCAUCAGAAGGCAGUUCUUCAUGUUAUUACUUAUUUUAGGUAUUUUAGCGCUUUUUCUGAUCUACUUGAAUUUACGUAGAGUAUUUUUCAACUCUAGCUAUAUAUGGACGUGAUUUAAAUAAUGAUCUCACAUGUAGAUUGGAGUACAUUUGUACGGGUAAUAUUAACAUCAGUGUGAAUUUCGAUGCUUCAUAGAUUUUUUAGGGUUCAUUUUUCUCGUGUCUGUAUUGCUCGAAAAUACUAGUAGUAUUUGGUAUUUUUAUUGCAAACUUGUAUCAACAUUUAUGAAGUGACUGACUAAAUUUGUUAUAAAUGGCAUUUUUAGGAUAGAUGUUUACAGUGACUGAUAAAAAUGGUAUCAAUUAGUGCCAAAUUAAAGAUUGAUAUCUUGUAUUUUUUGUAGAUGUUUAAGAUGUAAAAUUUUGUACAAAAAUUUAUUUAAUUUUAUUUAAAGCAAUAUGAGCUGCAUCUCUGAUGUCAGAAUUUUUUAUUGCAAAAUUGUGAUUAACUAUUUCAAUGACAGAAAAAAAGAAUGUUUAUAAACUUCUGCUGUUCAUAUUUGUGAUGAAAGAACUAUUUAUAAGCUACGAUUGAAUCAAAUUUACAUUAUCAUCAUCCUGUACAAUAAUGAUUUCUUAUAUAAUACUGUAUAUUCGAUUUUAGAGAAAUCUUACUUCUGAAACAGCUUAAAACUUUAUUUUAUUCUUAUUGAUCAAAAAGGUUUAAGUUACAUACAAAUUUUUCAUAUUAACACAUUUUAACAGCAAAUUAAAAUUUUCAAAAAUCCAGCUCAUAUUGCUUUAAAUACCCAAGAAGUAUCUGGAAAAAAGAAGAAAAAAAAUCUGAGGGGAGAAUAUUUUUGGAAUUGAAUAUUAGCAAUUUUAAUAUUAAAUAUAAAAUUUCAUUUUGGUAAAGAUCAUUAUAUAUACUGAGUAUUAAAAUCUUACAAAAUUAUGAAUUGGUGAUAUUUUGUAUCGAUGUGAAAAUUUCAAACUUAGUUGCAAGUCCUUGUGUGAAUACGUGGUACAGUACUUCUUUAUGACAUUUAUUUGGAUGGGAAGUUGUGAAAUACUAAACAUAAUGUACAUGUCACUUUUCAUUGAAGGUUUUGAAUCACAGAGUCUAAAACUCUUAUCUUUGACGAGUGUUUAUUGAAUUUGCCUCUUUAAGUAUGUAUAUAGAAUUGUCUGUUUACACUGGUAAUGAUUAAACAUCCAAAGAGAGAACAGGAUUUGUAAAUUAUGUAAUUGCAAAGAACUUUGUCACUAAAUAUUCACAUUUACCGAUGUAAAAGUCAAGUAUUAAGUACCGUAUAAUCAGAACUUUUAGCGAGGAUUUAAUUUUGGCACUAAUAGGGAGAAAACUGAGAUCGCUAAUAUUGAAUACUGAAGAACUAUCGCUAAAAGAUUAAUUGCAUUUUGGUUGAAAAAGCUUCUUUGGUGAGAAUUUUAAAAUCGCAAAAAUUACUUCUCGCUAAAAAUAAAAUCGCUAAAUUUGCGUCUUGCUAAAAUUUUCCUUCCACUUACACAGUAUUUAGCAAAAUGUUUUCAAACCAUUCCAAAUGUUGUGAUAUUCAAAAAAUUUUUAACUUGAGAAAUAUUUAUCCAAUCAUUACCAAGAUUUAUACAUUUUUAGAUAACUUUAUUACGAGAUGUACUCUUUUUCAAUUACAAAGUGAUAUCUAUUCAGCUUGCAUGCAAAAAUAUUGUUUAUUACUU